UCGCAUGAAACAAAUCCCACAGGUGUUGUGUGAAUGUUGUGGCUGCUAAAUCCUAGCAACCAGUUGGAGAUGGAUUGCAGGACUGUCAGAGUCAGACUCGGUGAAGAAACAAUGUAAAUGGACGCAAAAAUAUACAUUUUAUAACGUGUCAUGGAAGAAUUGGAACGGCUUUUCAAGAUGUGCGCUUUAAAACUUUACGGAACUUUAGUGAUAUUUCUCAUAAUCUCCGUUAUUGAGUUUACGUCAUCCGCGGAAACUACAGUCCAAAUGCAACCGCCUAGAUUUAGUAUGCAGCCAUCAUCAUCAAAUAGCAUAGUUAGAGAAGGAACGACGAAAAUAUUACAAUGUUCUGCUAUAGGUAUACCACAACCCAUGUAUAGAUGGUUAAAAAACGGAGUUCCCUUAGGUGACUACUCUUCAGAACUCUUUCAUAAAAUCCAUAACACCCAGCGCGAUGACGCUGGUGCUUACCAGUGCAUCGCUAAAAAUGAUGUCGGAGCAAUCUUCAGUGAAAAGAACAACAUUGUCGUUGCAUAUAUGGGUGUCUUUGAGGAUAGCGUGGAAAAAGUUGUGACUGCAGAAUCUGGGAGAGCAGCGAUCUUAGAUUUUCCCCACAUAGAUUCAGAACCUGCACCAACAGUGAUUUGGCAAGACGAAAACGGCGUUCUUCGUUACGAUCAGAAAUAUGCAAUCUCUGACAAACAUCAGCUCGUUAUUCUUUGUGCUUCACACGAAGAUGAGAGGGCGUACAGAGUUAGAGCAAUUAAUAGUCAAUUAGGAAAAGUAGAAAACAGUCCAUAUAUCAGAUUGAAUGUCUACGGAGACGAUAGUAAAGAAAUUGCACCUGAAAUCAUAAUAAAGCCACGAGACACUAAAAUAAUCAAAGGCCAAGAAACCACUAAUCUAAUUUGUAUUGCAAACGCACGGCCUCUGCACGAGCUAGAGACUUUAUGGUUCAAAGACGGGGUACUGAUAGACUUAGCAGGUAUUACAUACGACCUCAAUGACCAGUGGAACAGAACACUUAGCCUAAUAUCAGCUAACUUGACGCAUACGGGUCGAUACACCUGUCAAGCGAGGUUGAAGACUGGUGGUUUCGCAACAGUUACCGAAUCUGCGACCGUCACUGUUUUUGAGAAACCAACAUUUUCGACUAAUUUGAAAUCAGAAACUUUUGGUGAAUUCGGAAGCACUGUUGUCUUAGAAUGUAACGUUCAAGGCAUACCAUUACCUGGUAUAACAUGGUACAAGGAUACUAGGAAAAUAGCCAGUGUGGGAGCAGACGCCGGUGAACCUGACAUGGAUGUAGAUGACGGAGGAGGCAGGUACAGAGUGGAAGUUGACCGUUCGCUGGUCAUCAGUCAUCUCAAAAUGGAAGACAUGGGCAUAUACCAGUGCAUCGCCUCUAACGAAGCUGGAGAAUCUUCUAUAUACACAUGGUUGAAGAUCAAAACGUCCCCGCCCGUAAUGCAGACUCCGCCCGCCAACUUGACUGUCCUGGACGGAAAGGACGCCACCAUCACCUGUAAAGCCAUCGGAGCACCCACCCCGAACGUCACUUGGUACUUCAACGAUUCUCUAAUAAUAAACUUAUCGGGAAGAUUACAAGCGUUAGAGGACGGAGACCUGUUGAUAACGGGCACUACGACAGCGGACAGUGGCAAGUACACUUGCAUGCGAGCAAACGACGCCGGCAACGUCUCUGGGGAAGCAUACCUUACUGUGCUAGUACGCACACAAAUAAUCGCGCCACCCGUUGACACGCGUGUACUACUAGGACACACGGCCACGUUGCAGUGUAAAGUUUCGAGCGAUCCCAACGUUAAAUACAACAUCGACUGGUUCCAUAAUAAGCAACCAAUGACAGCUGGUUCCCGCGUAUGGGUCUCUGCGGAUGGAGCAUUACAAGUGCAAGCCGUGCGCGCGAGUGACGCAGGCGAAUACACGUGCGUUGUGACGUCACCGGGCGGGAACCAUACACGUCACGCAGUCUUAUCCGUUAUAGAAUUACCCUUCGCACCUACAAAUGUUAGAGCGGAGAGAUUAGAGGCGACACCACAGCGCGCUGUAAAUGUUUCGUGGACACCUGGCUUUGACGGAAACUCGCCGAUCCAAAAGUUUAUUGUGCAGAGGAGAGUUGUUCCUGAGUUUGGACCAAUCCCAGAUCCUCUUUUAAACUGGGUAACGGAACCAAUGAACGUGUCAGCCAAUCAACGAUGGGUACUCCUGACAAGUCUGAAGGCAGCAACUUCUUACCAGUUUAGAGUGUCUGCAGUGAACACCGUUGGGGAAGGUCCAGCUUCGGAUCCUACUGAUGCCCUUACUCUGCCGCAGGAAGCCCCAUCAGGCCCUCCCGUGGGUUUCAUGGGCUCAGCAAGAUCAUCUUCUGAAAUCAUAACUCAAUGGCAACCGCCUCUCGAAGAACAUCGCAACGGUCACAUACUCGGAUACGUUAUAAGAUACAGACUCAAAGGCUACGAAAAUAGUCCAUGGACAUAUCAAAAUAUCACCAAUGAAGCUCAAAGAAACUACUUAAUACAGGACCUCAUAACAUGGAAGGAUUAUAAUGUUCAAAUUGCUGCAUUUAACGAUAAAGGUGUUGGGGUAUUCUCGGAGAGUUACACGAUAAAGACUAAAGAAGGUGUGCCAGAAGCUCCUCCAGAUAGUGUGCGAUGUGAGCCGUUUAAUUCUACCGCUAUUAGUGUUUGGUGGACGCCACCAAAUCCGCAAAAAAUUAACGGGAUCAACCAGGGCUACAAAAUCCAAGCUUGGCGUUGGGACGAAACCGAGAAUACAGACGUAGAAGAAAAGUUAGUCAGCGUGCCACCAAACCUGCUAGACCCUUUAACAGAACAAGCGUCGAUCAUAGGCGGACUUGAAAAGUUCAACGAGUACAAUAUAUCAGUACUAUGCUUCACUGAACCGGGUGACGGACCUAGAAGCGAAUUUAUUCGUGUUACAACUAAAGAAGAUAUCCCAGAUGAAGUAUCAAGUCUACAAUUUGACGACAUAUCGGACAGAGCAGUGAGAGUGUCAUGGUCUCCACCUAAAAAACCUAACGGCAUCCUAAUAGGAUACAAGCUGUCCUACGAAAUAAAAGACAACGCAGAAACAUUGAAAGAAGAGGUUUUACCGCCUAACAUAACCAGUGUGAAAGUAGAACACUUACAGGCAAGUACCCACUACAAGUUCUGGCUACGUGCACUGACAGCAGUAGGCGAAGGCCCACCUAGGUCAGCUACCAUUCAGUCCGGUGUGGAGCCGGUUCUUCCAGACGCCCCAAGAAACCUCGCGCUGUCAAACAUAGACGCCUUUUCGGUAUUACUACAGUUCACACCAGGUUUUGAUGGAAAUUCGUCUAUAUCAGAAUGGAUUGUGCAGGCUCAAACAGCUCGCAAUUCGUCAUGGGUAACAAUAUAUAAAAUUAACGCUCCGGAGGCUCAAUCCAUUCACGUGACCGGCCUAGUGCCAUUUACAACGUACCGACUGCGUUUGAUCGCAACGAACGUGGUCGGAUCCUCGCCACCCUCGGAGCCGUGUAAGGAAUUCCAGACAAUACAAGCGCCGCCGCAGCACCCACCGAGAAACGUCACUGUGAGGGCUGUUAGUGCAACAAAUUUGAGGGUUAGAUGGAUUCCACUUCAGCAAAGCGAAUGGUACGGCAACCCCAAAGGAUACAACAUAACGUACAAAAGGAGCGGCACCAACGACACGUUGUUCAGUAUUAUAGAAGAUCACACGGCUAAUUCUCACGUGUUGUCGAACUUGGAAGAAUGGUCGGUGUACGAGAUACAGAUGACCGCCAUUAAUGAGGUCGGGACAAGUGAGGAGAGCCCUAUGGCUACGGAACGGACUAGAGAAGCGGUUCCAUCACGCGGUCCAACAAACGUCUCCGCUAACGCCACAUCAUCCACAACAGUUGUGGUUCUUUGGGGCGACAUUCCAGUACAGGAUCAAAACGGAUUAAUAGAAGGCUACAAAGUCUGUUACGCAGCCGUCGUCCCACCACCACGACCCGAACACCAAAAGAUCGAAUGUCAAGCCAUACCUUCGAAUCAAACUCAUACUAUUACAUUGACUGAGCUGAGGAAGUAUGUGGUGUAUCAGAUUCAAGUGCUAGGCUACACGAGGUUAGGAGACGGAGCUUUAAGUGACCCCCCGGUUACUGUGAGGACUUAUGAGGAUACUCCCGGUCCGCCGUCUAACGUGUCCUUCCCAGACGUGACGUUUACCACGGCGCGUAUAAUUUGGGACGUCCCAGAAGACCCCAACGGGGAAAUCCUGGCCUAUAAAGUGACUUAUCACUUAAAUAAUACUAGUCAACAUGUCUUUUCAAGAGAGUUUUUGCCGUCAGACAGGACUUUUAGGGCAACAGAGCUUCUAACAGAGCGUUACUACCUGUUCACCGUAACGGCGCAAACACGUCUCGGUUGGGGCGGCACGGCUCGAGCCCUAGUACUCACGACUGUGAACCGCGCGCUGCCCGCACCACCUGCUAAGCCCAACGUGCAGCGCUCCAGUCUGCAGCCACAUCAUAUUACAUUUUCAUGGACUCCUGGUGACGAUGGAUACGCUCCACUCAGAUAUUACACAGUUCAGCAAAAAGAAGACAGUGGUGUCUGGCACACGAUACCCGAGCGUGUAGACCCAUUCGCGACAUCGUACACAGUGGAGAAUCUCAAGCCAUACACGGCGUACCAGUUCAGGAUUCGAGCGACCAAUGAUAUUGGACCUAGUGCAUAUAGCAACGCUACCGAGACUGUCCGCACUUUGCCUGCAGCACCCAGCAAAGCCGUGGAAGGACUUCACGUUGUUCCCAUAACACCAAGCAGCGUCCGCGUCCAAUGGACCCCAUUAGGCGAGCAGUACUGGAGUGGCGACACGCGCACGGGAGGAUAUAGAGUGUUUUAUCAGCCUUUGACAGACUUCCCCACGCCGCUACAGCAGACUAUGAAGCAAGAAGUGUCUGGUAUCAAGAGUGAAGAGGUAGUACUAACCGACUUAGCCUUGGACCGCAACUACGAAAUCGGCGUGUGCGCAGUGAACUCGCAAGGUGCGGGGCCAAGCGGCACGCCCGCCGUCGUGUGGGUGGGGGAGGCUGUGCCCACGGCGCCACCGCGUGACGUCACCGCAGAGCCUCUGUCCCCCACGGAAGUAACAUUGAAGUGGCAGCCACCGUUACUGGCGCAACAAAAUGGCGAUCUCCUUGGAUACAAGGUCUUCUACUUAAUGACGGAGUCAGCAGAAGAACCGGAGCCAGGUCGGCGCAUCGAGGAAGAGAUCGAAGUGGUACCAGCAACUGCCACUUCUCACUCGCUUGUGUUUCUGGAUAAAUUCACACAGUACCGCAUUCAGGUCCUAGCCUUCAACCCCGCAGGCGAUGGCCCCCGGUCCACAGCAAUCCUAGUCCGUACUCACCAAGGACUUCCGUCGGCGCCGCGCAACAUAACCUUCAUCGACAUCACCAUGAACAGCCUCGUGGUCUCCUGGGAGGCACCUCACAGAUGUAACGGACUGAUACAAUACUAUCUUGUCACUUAUGAGACCAUUGAGCAGGACGAACGAUUCAGCAAACAAGUAAAACAAAAAGUGACAGAACGACGAUUGGCUGUAGGCAGUCUAGAAGAAGAAGUAGAAUACCGCUUCACAGUGCGCGCUGUGACGAUCGGCCCAGGCGGCACGGCCGAAGCCCGUGUACGGACAGGCCCGCAGCCUGGGUCGCCCAGGGCCCCCAGAGAAUUGCUCCUUACUCCUGACCCUGCUGCUUUGCAUUUAAAAUGGACUAACUCCGCCUCUGGAAAAGGAUCUUUGCUUGGUUAUUAUAUUGAAGCUAGAAAGAAAGCCAAGGAAUCAUGGCAAGAAUAUGAUACUCGCUGGGAGACGGUCACUCGAACCAGCAAUGGAAUGCUUGAAGGAUUCACUAUAUCUUACCAAAGUCUUUUACCUUCGACAGCUUAUUCAUUCAGAGUAAUUGCAUAUAACAUGUACGGGAUUAGCAACCCAGCCUAUAGCGAUAAAGUCAUCGUAACACCCUCAAAACUGUACCUUGAAUAUGGAUAUUUGCAGUACAGACCUUUUUAUCGACGUACCUGGUUCAUGGUAGCGCUCGCGGCGGCCUCAAUUAUUAUUAUUAUAAUGGUCAUCGCGAUACUCUGCGUUAAAAGCAAGAGUUAUAAGUAUAAAAAAGAAGCACAAAAGACGUUGGAGGAAUCGUUAGCAGGUGAGACAGACGAACGUGGGUCGAUGGCGAUGGAUCUGUAUCGCUCCCGACAGAAUUCCGUUGCCAGUGCGGGCGCGCUCGUAAGCGCUACGGGCACACUGCGCCGCGGUAAAAAUGCACCAACGCUGGGCAAGUCCCCGCCACGGCCCUCACCCGCCAAUGUUGCCUACCACAGCGACGAAGAAAGCCUGCGCGCCUACGACGAGAACCCCGACGACUCCUCCUUAACGGAGAAACCCUCCGAAAUGAGCUCCUCGGAUUCCCAGAAUUCGGAGAGUGAGAACGAGAGUGUGAGAUCCGAACCGCACUCAUUCGUCAAUCACUACGCAAACGUUAACGACACGCUGCGACAAUCAUGGAAACGGCAGCGACCUGUCAGGAACUACUCUAGUUACACAGAUUCGGAACCAGAAGGGAGCGCUGUAGUCAGUCUCAACGGUGGUCAAAUAGUCAUGAACAAUAUGGCGCGGUCUCGAGCACCUUUACCAGGCUUCUCAUCAUUCGUAUGACAAGAGCCCACUGCUACGGCUCCAACGGAAGCCGUGCACAUGUAACUUACACUGCCCAUUCCCCAAUAAUUAAUUUGUAGAUUACAUUAGCGUGUCAAGAUAUGGCAACUACAUGAAAUAAAUAAUAGAUCUUAUUGCUAGUGUAAAUACAUAUCAAGCUUUAAGAAAGGUAGCUGAAUUAUUAUUAGACAAUUCACGUAGUUGUUUAAUGAAUUAGUAUGUUCUUAUGGCUAUUAAAAUUUUCUGUGCCUGUGUUGCACAAUCUACGACCAAUGUUAGUUAUUAGAUAUUUGAAAGUUCGUUUUUGACGUUAUGGAUCUCGUUAAUGUAUUUUAAUGCAUUUUCCAAUGUUAUAUGUUUAUUGGUUUAAUCGUAAUCACUGUACUUUAGUCUAACACGUAAAUUGAUAUCACAUUAAAAAAAACUAAUUUAAUCCAAACAUAAAACGGCUAAUGCCGAAUCUUGGCCAAAGUUUCUACAAUUUUCGUUUGUGUCUUCAAAAAAUAUAUGCUGUUUUGGCUAAGAAGAGCCAUAUUUUGUUUUUUGCCAUAAGUAUUCUAGGUUUGUUUGUACAAGAAGAAAAAAAGAUUUUUUUUCAUAAAGAUACCUACUAUUCAUAAACGGUAGGUGUACUAUUUUUUUUCAAG